CAAAACUUGUUGUCUAUGAUGUUCAUGUUGUAUGAAGCAGAAAGUGUAAUCAGACAAGAACUGAGAGCUUCUUAUCUCAACAAAUACAUGAAACAACGGAUACAGGCUACACAAAGGAUUCGUCAACUCUUCAUCCAAGGAAUUAGCCUCACAUCUUACAUCAAGAAAGAGAUGUUGAAGGUUAAGAAUGCAUACCACCAAUCCAACAACUCACAAAACAACAAUAAUCCCGUUUCUCCUACAAGGCCAGAACGCGGCAACAUUAUGGUUGGUGAUUCAAAGUCUGCAAUCAAAAUGGUGGGCUGCGAUGAUGUGUUCAACACCAUAAUGGACAACCUGAGCCUGCAAUCCUCAAAACGAGUAAUUGUCUCGAUUGUGGGAAUGGGUGGUAUCGGUAAAACCACCUUAGCUAGAAAGAUUUAUGAAGAUGCUUCAGUCAUUUCUUGGUUUGAUUGUCAAGCUUGGGUUACUAUCUCACAGGACUAUAAUCCAACACAAGUGUUCCAAUGCCUGCUUCAUUCUCUUGCCCCAGGGGCCAGUCACAACUACGAAUUGGCUGAGCAAGUAUACAGGCUUCUAAAACAUCGAAGGUAUUUGAUCGUAGUAGAUGAUAUUUGGAAUACAGAUGUCUUGGAUGAUUUAAUGAGAUGUUUUCAGGAUGACAAUAUUGGAAGUCGAAUAUUGUUGACCACUCGGCAAAAAAAUGUGGCUGAGUAUGCUGAUUCAGAGGGAUUUCUAAAGGUUUUGAGAUCUGAUGAGAGCUUGGAAGGUGUGGCAAGGAGGAACAUUCAAGAUCUUGUGGAUAGAAAUCUUCUAAUUUGUGGAGAGAGAAAUGAUAGAUAUCAAAUGCAUGAUGUCUUGCGUGAAUUGGCUUUGAGAGAAGCCCAAAAAGAAAAUCUUUUAUGUUUCAAGAAGGGUUAUGAUAUAAUUAGUUGUUUGAGGUGGAAGAGAAAUCAAUCAAUAAACUCUUCUCAUAUAUCUCAACCAUGGAGCAUCCAAUCAAGAAUUUGCAGUUACAACAGUAUAACUCCUACUACCAACACUUCUUCACUGAUUGAUGAUUGUGAAUGGGAGCAUUUUGGCAGGAAUUCAAGACGGUUGAGGGUGUAUGCACAUUUUAAGUUUUUAAGGGCAUUGGCAGUAUUGGAUGGGGAGAUAAAUGUCCAUAAUAUUUUCUUGGAGAUUGUGGGUCUAGUGCAUCUGAGAUACUUAUCUAUUCCUUGUGGGUUAAAUAUUCAGUAUCUGCCUUUGUUCAUGUUGCGGAAUCUACAGGAGCUACAAGUUCCUUAUUCAUCAUCGUGUGAACCCCUUGAUAUUUGGGGAUUACCACAAUUAAGGAAUCUCUGUGUUUGGCCUGGCAUUACACUAGUUCCUCCAAGAUCAGUUCAUCAUAAUUUGGAGAGCAUUAGAAGGUUGGAUUAUAGGAGUUGUACAAAGGAGUUGUUCCUAAGGAUCCCAAAUCUAAGGUCAUUGAAUCUUACUACUAAUCAUUUAAUUGAAUGCAAAGCUCCCAAUUGGUUUGAAAGUCUUGUCUAUUUAUAUAAAGUGGAAACACUAGUGGUUGAUGAUGUCGUACUUCCGGAGUUUAGAACUAUUUAUUCUAUGGGGAUGCUAAGCCUGGAGAAUUGUUGGCCAAAUCUUAAGAAGUUAAGUUUCUCUAAUACAAAUUUAAAAUGGAAGGAUAUGGAUGUUGUUGGUGAGUUAUCUAAGCUUGAGGACCUCACAUUGAAUAUAGGUGCUGUUAUGGAUCAAAAAUGGAAACCCAAAGAUGGAGGAUUUCGUCGUUUAAAGUUCUUGACGAUACAUAGUAGUCUUCUACAAUAUUGGGAAGCCACUAGUAGUCAUUUUCCAGUCCUUGAAAAACUAGUCCUUGGUUACAUAGCUUUGAAAGAAAUUCCUAGUGGUUUUGCAGAAAUAAUUACUCUCAAAUCAAUCAAAUUAUUAAAUGGUUGUUUAGAGUCACUUAAAUCAUCUGCUAAGCGUUUACAAAACGAGCAGCAAGAGUAUGGAAAUGACACAUUUGUUGUUGAUAUAUUUUAAGAGGUUUUACCCACACAUCAAACUAUGAUUCUUAAGGUGGAUACUGUGUUCCCUUGAUGAGUGAUCACU